UGUCCCUUUCCAUAAUUCAAAAAUAAAAUGUACCUUUCCAUGAAUUAAAAAUUCCACAGCCCGCAUAAAUUGACUUUCGAUGAUAAUGCUAAAUUUCUAAUUGUUAAUCAGCAUCAAUAAUUUUAUUUUUUUUGAGAAAUUUAGCUUCAAUAAUUGAGAAGGCAUGGUUCUCUUCUAAUUUCUACAGCCAACCAACAUAUAUUAUUUUCUAAAUUUUCACGAUUACCAUCUCUUCCGACCUCAUUCCUCCUCCCGCCGCCGCCACCACCACCCACAACCAAAGAGGAAUGACGGCUUAUGGUGCUGUGAAUUCCCUGAGGAAUACAAUUGAUUACAUUCUCUAUUCUUCUCAUUUUAGUCUGGUUGAUCCCUCUCCACAUAUCAUACAAUCCGCCUACGAGGAGUUGCAGCCCUUACAAGAAAUUCUGGAAAGAUUAGACAGCACAAGAACUAGCAAGAGCAGGAAGAAGGUGAAUGCUUUGGAUGGAAAAAUCAAAGAGUUGAUAUGGGAAUUCCAAGACUUAUUGGAAUCCCUUGUCUACCAACAGAUUCUUUCACAAGUAAAAGAUGAAGGAAUAAUGAAAGAGAGAGUAUGGGAUUUGCAAGGCUUAUUGGAAUCCCUUCCCUCACAAGUAGAAGAUGAAGGAAUGAAAGAGGUAGCAUGGGGAUUCCGAUCCCUUCCCUCACACCCACAAAUUCCUCGUUUACACCACGCAACCACAACAAGGAGAAGAAGACUGGUGGUGCGUAAACCCAAAGGAAGAAACUUUAACACGCCAAAAAUCAUGAGUGAAUCUGAGGCUUCACAAUCCAGAAGCCUAGCAGAUGUUGGGGGUGAGAGAUUAUCCAUUGAUCUGCAUUCCCUACGACAUCAUGUUCCUUCCUUCAUUCACGCUCUCAAGUAUACCAAGAGGGAAUACAUUUAUGAAUUGCUCAAUAUGGCUGAAGACGACGAGGAUGAAUCUAUUUACUCAAGAAUUGGGACUAAGUCCAAGAUGAUUGGAUUAUCGGAUCAGUUCCAACAACUCAAAGAGAGUCUUAUGAAAAGAUAUGGCAGGAACCAUUUCUUCGCACUUGUUGGAACGGCAGGCAUUGGCAAGACUGCUCUUGCCGAGGCCGUUUUCGAAGAUCCAGAAAUCUUAAGCCAUUUUCAGCGUCGCGCAUGGGUCACAGUAGGCAGAAAAUCUCGAAUCAAUGAAUUCUUUCUAGACAUUCUAGAUCAAAUAUAUGGAAUCACACAAGGAGAUGACGAAAGAUUGCAGGGCGAGAAAUGCCUAAUUGUGCUCGAUGAUGUGUGGGAGAGACAGAUGGAUUCCGUGAUGGGUUAUUUUCAAUACAAAUUUGAUGCAUCAAUUCAUAUCUUGGUAACUACCCGAGACCGAAACACAACUUUCACUCUGGUUCAUUCUUGUUCUAUUAUAUUGGUUCGGUUUUUGAACCAAGAAGAAAGUAAGGAGCUACUAUGCGAGAAGGUGUUUGGUGAAAAUAUUUGCCCUUUUCAGCUUGACAAAGCCGCUACCAAAAUUGCAAAAAACUGUGAAGGUCUUCCUCUCGUGAUAGUCACAGUCGCUGACAUCCUAUCAAAAGCCCAGAAUACAGACCCAAAAUACUGGGACGAUGUUGCAGAGAUGCGAAAUUCAGUGUUCACGGAUGCGUAUAAUGAGAUAUCGAAGGUACUUUUCCCAAGUUACAACUACUUACCUCAAUAUCUUAAAAUGCCUUUUCUGUAUAUGGGAGUCUUCCCUCGAGAUUAUGACAUCCCCCUUUCCAAGAUCAUGAAUAUGUUGGCCACUGAGGGCUUGUUUCAUAACAAAUCUUUGGAGGAUUCUGUCUCGCAAUGUUUGGAGGAACUUUGCAUGUAUAGGAAUCUGGCUUUAUUCAGCCUAACGAGCAUUUAUAGGUAUUCGUCGAGGAUUGUUUCUCCCAAGUAUAAAACUUGUCGCCUUCAUUCUUCGUGGCAGCACGUGUGUAGAGGAGAGGCUCAGAAGAAUAAGUUUUAUCAUGUCUUAAAAAAGCUUGUUGAAGGCUUAGAGGAUGGUGUAAAAGGUCAGCGUUGCUUGUGUCUUGAAAAUAACCUUUUAUUUGGCAUCAAGGACUUUCGCAAGUUCGUGAGAUUGAACUGUGCAUCUUCUACACGUUCUCUUCUUUUUUUUGGUCCAUACCACCAAUAUCCAAUUCCAGUUGGUGACGAUUUCAAGUUGCUUCGGAAACUUGAUGCUCUUAAACUACGUUUGUACACUUUUCCAACAGAAAUUCUUACACUAGUCCUAUUAAAGUACCUUGCUCUAACUUGCAAUGGAGAACUCCCUACGACCAUAUCCAAACUUUUCAACCUUCAAGUCUUGAUUAUCCAUCCGCAUAGCAACAUUAGAAUUUGUAGAGCUCCAUCAUAUGUACCAAUACAGAUAUGGGAUAUGCAAGAGUUAGAGCAUAUUGAAAUAUUGGGGAAGAGCCUUGUAGCUCCGUGUCAUUUUGCUUCUUUGAAAAAGCUCUCAACUCUUGUAGGUGUGAAUGCCAGUAUUUGUACAAUUUUGGAACUCUCCCAAAAAGUUCCUUGCCUAAGGAAAUUAGGAGUUCAAAUCGAUCUGACGCCUUAUGAUGACCAUAAUGACCUUUUAAGUUGCUUUGGUUGUAUUUCAACACUUGAAAACUUGGAGACACUGAAAUGUAGUAUCAUAAAUCCUGUGGUUAAGUACAAUUAUGUGUUUCCUAGUUCAUUGUUGUUGCCACGCGGAUUGAAAAAGUUACAUUUGAGUGGCAUGGGUUUUUCUUGGGAAUACAUGGAUGUAAUUGGAUCUUUGCCAUUUCUUGAAGUGCUCAAAUUGCGAGCCUACGCCUUUUGGGGUUCAACGUGGGAAGCACGAAAGAGAAGUUUUUUGAGACUUAAGUUUCUUCUAAUAGAAGACAGUGAUUUGGUGCAAUGGAAAGCAAGAUCUGGAAGCUUCCCUAAUCUUAUUUGCGUAAACAUGAAACAUUGCUACAAACUAGAAGAGAUCCACUGGCCAUCUGAAAUUUCGUUCAAUGAGAUUGAAUUAGUGAACUGCAAUCCUCUAGCUUUGACUUCAGUCAAGCAAUUACAGCUGAGAACAUAUGCUUCCCUUGAAGUGACUGCAUUUUCUUCUUUUGACAAGAAACCCAUUACUAUCAAGUUUAUGAGGCGAUAUGAUGACUGAGGAUAUAUAAUAGAGUCGUAAAGGUGAGCCACCAUGUUCUUCAUUCAUCCACAUGUUUAUAACUUCAGUGGUUUUAUUAUUGGAUUGUCAUAUGAAUUUGAAAUUGUGAAUUACUUUGGAUUUUGUUGAGGUAUGGAAUGAAAACUGUGAUUGGUUGGGUUUGAUUGAAAAUCUUAAUUAGUAGUAUGUGAUUCGAGGACAUUAAUAUUUGUAUUAUGCAUAAUUUUUGCUUUGUUUUGGUACCGCAUGUCAUCAAUCAUCAUUAGAUUGGAAUUAGGUACCAAUAAUAAUAUUCAUAAUCACUUUGAAAUUUUCAUACGAUGAGAUCAUAUAUUAUAUAUAGUCGAGUUGAAAAUGUUUUACAGGAUUCGUGAGUUUGGGUGUUGGAUGCAUUGGUUUGUGAGAAAAUAUUAUGUUAGUUGUGAAUUGUGAUUGACUGUUGUUUUGCUAAAUCUUUUUGGUUGUUUUGUUAGUUAAAAACGAUUUUAGUCAACACAUUGAAAUAUUUGCAAAAUAGGGGAGAAAUAAUUGCAGUCAUGUGAGUCUAUGACUCAUAUCCGAAAAAUUGAUGCUCAUCAUUCCCACUACUUUAGCACGUUCAUAAUUACGAAUAGGCCCAUUUCAAUAAUUGUCACUCGUCUUUGUAAAGCAAGUUCCCACACUUUAACAAACGAAAAUGUCGAGUUUCAGUUGAAGUAAAAUCUGAUAUUGAGAGAGUGAAAAUGGCUUUGGAUGCCUUCAUUUCUCUCAAGCUCACAAUUGAGGACCUCAUAAAGAAUCCUUUUUCCAGCCUUUCGCUUGCACCCCCAACUCAACAAAUCUUAGAAUUCGCAUAUCAGCAGCUGCACUCCUCAGAAGAAAUCGCCAGAAAAUUGCUCUUGCGCACCACCACCACUUUGGAUCUCCAAAUCAAAGUGGCGGUUUCCAAAUUACUAGACACAAUCCGAUCAUUGAAGACGAAGCACGCGCCAUCUGGAAGCAGCGUGCGCUAUAUCGAAUUCUCCGCAGAGGAAGUGAAAGAUCUCAAGCAAGAUAUUCACUCAUUUGCAGAAUUAUUCAACACAAUGUACAUCGCCGCCGCCGAAGAAGAAGAAGAAGAUGGCGAUUCAUCGCAAAUCGGGCUUUCUGGGCGCAAAUCGAAGAUGAUUGGUCUGUCCGACCAUUAUAAAGAACUGAAAUACCAUCUCACGCGUCCAGCAUCGCCUAUGAUGAUUUUGGUCCUUGUUGGAAUGGCAGGCAUUGGUAAGACUACUCUUGCUGCACAAAUUUUUGAAGAUCCAGAUAUCGUGAAACAUUAUGAUCUUCGCGUGUGGGUGAAAAUUGGGGGAAAAUGUCAAUUAAAAGACAUCCCACGGCGCAUUCUAGCCAAGCUGAAUCCCGAUCUAAGCGAUCGAUUCCUCUCGAAAGGAGAAAAUCACGAAAUUGCUCGGUGCCUGAGAGAAAAUUUGAAGGGCAAGAGAUAUCUCAUUGUUUUGGAUGAUGUAUGGAACAAAUACAUGGCGUGUCACUUCUAUUGGUCGAGCAGAUACAAAAUAUUUGAAUCGGAGCCUUUUCCAUAUGAGAGAAAUGAAAGUCGAGUAUUGCUCACAACCAGGGUGCAUCAAGCGGAAGAACACAAUGGUCAUUUUCCGGAUUAUGUCUCGAGGCUGCGCUUCUUAAAUGAGGAGGAAAGUUGGGAGCUUCUGCGUGAGAACGUGUUCGCUGAAGAGCUCUGCACCUCUCAAUUUGAGAAAGCUGGAAAGAAGAUUGCCGAGAAUUGUGAAGGUCUUCCUCUUAUGAUUGUCAAGGUUGCAGAGCUCUUGUCUUCAAAGGAGAGGACGUUACAGUAUUGGAACGAAGUUGCAGCAGAAAAAAAUCACCAGCUUUUCAUGGAUGCUUAUGAUGGAAUAUCGAAGGUACUUUAUUCAAGCUAUGAGAAUUUGACAGAGUUGCUAAAAUUAUGUUUUCUGUAUAUGGGAGUUUUUCGUCAAAAUUAUGAGAUUCCUCGGGGUAAGCUGAUCAAUAUGUGGAGUAGUGAUGGAUUUCUUGAAGAAAAUGCGCAUGAAUUCCCAUCUCCUAGUGCAAUCGAAUGUUUAAAUGAGCUUGUUGCAAAUAAUUUGGUUAUGAUAUAUCAAAGCAACAUAUCUCCUAAUUCUGCAGUUGGUGAAGAGCAAAUAAAAACAUGUGGCCUUCAUUCUUCGUUUUGGUACUUGUGUAACAGAGAAGCUAGGGAGACGAAGUUCUGUUGCAUAUUGAAAAUUCUCAAUGAUAGUUUAGGAGGAGAUAUACAAGGGCAAAGUAGAUUGGCAUUCCACAACAAUGUUUUGUUUGGCAUCAAAGAUGUGUAUGAAUCAGUGGAGGUUCAUUGUGCAUCAACUGUGCGUUCUCUUCUUUGUUAUGGUCCCUAUCAUCGGUAUCAAGUUCCUAUAUGCUCUGGUAGUCUGGUUUGAAGUUGCUGAGAGAGUUGGAUGCUCUUACAAUCCGUUUUUAUGAGUUUCCAUUGGAGGUGUUAGAACUAGUUCAGUUGAGGUACCUUGCUCUCACUUUGAACGGAGAACUCCCUGUUUCCAUAUCCCGACUCUCAAACCUUCAGUUCUUGAUUGUGGGUUCCCAUUUGAGCAUCAAAUCUUGCAGAGGGCCAUCGUUUUUGCCAGUGGAGAUAUGGAGCAUGAAGGAAAUAAAGCAUAUUGAUGUCAUGUAUAGUGAUAUACCCAAUCCUUGUGGUGCUUCAUUGGAAAGUUUACUCACACUUUCAAAUGUGAGUGCUCAUAGCUGUAGUGAGGAAGUUUUUAAAGCAAUUCCUAAGUUGGAGAAACUUGGGAUUCGGAUUGAAUUAGCAUAUGAUGAUGAUGUUAAACUCUUGAGCUCCCUUAACCAAGUUUCAAAUCUAAAAGAACUACGAUCACUUAAAUGUGUGAUCGUGAGUCCUGAGAUAGUCCCUUCUCCGCUUGCUCCACUUCCGAACUUCCCAUCAACGUUGAGGAAAUUGAGUUUGAGUGGGUUGGGAUAUCCGUGGGAAGAAAUGAGCAAGAUGGCGUUGUUGCUGAGUCUUACAGUGCUCAAGUUGCAAAACUAUGCUUUUCAAGGAGUUAAGUGGGAAGCGAGGGAAAAAUUCUGGUCCCUUCAAUCUCUUGUGAUUGAAGACAGUGAUCUGGUGGAAUGGAAAGUUGGAAGUGAGAGCAUGAAAUCACUUAAAAGGCUAAGCCUAAAGCACUGCUACAACUUGGAAAAUAUUGAGUGGGAAUAUGGAAGGUCGCCUGAUAGGAUUCAUUGGGCUUGUAAAGAUUCACUUAGAAAGAUUGAAAUGGUUGACUGCAAUCCUUUAGGGGCAGAGGAAAUGAACAAGGCUUUACCAAGAUGGAAGAAAGAUGCAUUAGCUGUCCAUUGUUCAUGGGAUGAUACGAAGCGCAAGAAAUGAAUAUUAGGUGUGUGAAAGCCUACCUCCAUGAGAAUUUUGUAAAGGUGUAUUACAUGAUACAUGAACAUUAGUGAGAUUGGAAGGCGAGAAAAGAAAAAAGAAAAAUGGACGACGCCCACCCCAACCCCAGCCCAAGCCGGAUUCAAUAUUUGGAAUGGAAUCAUGGAUCAUGUCUCUCAACAGAUUCCAGCGCAAGGAUCAUAUUGCCAAAUUUCUACACAUGUGACAUGCGCCCAUAAGAAAGCUAGCACUUUGCAGAAUAGGUUUUUUUUUUUUUUCUACCUUAAGCAAUGCUAAAAUGUCUCACAUGUUUAUAAUCUAUACUAGUGUUGCCCCCGUGCUUUCGCACGGGCAAUACGUUAUAUAUAUAUAUGCACCAAAAGUUUGAUGUCCUACUA